CGUGCAGCAGCUGCCACUGCUACAGUCUUAUGUGUUUUGUGGGCUUAGGUAUGUUGUCAGAAAAGUCAGUUUUGUUUACUUCUAUUAUAUGUGUUUUGUGGCAAAAGUUUGGUCGUUUGGUGCUUAAAUUGAGUUUUAAAAGUUCUUGAAUAUACGAUGAAUUGCAGAUGGCGGAAGACUGCGAGAACUUUGCAAAAACUUUGCAAGCCAGAAUAUUUAUGCUACUAUUGAGGCAAAAGGAGAUGUAACGAGCUAUUGAAAUGGUUCGUCCGAACAUUAUGUAUAAGCCAAAUAUUGUUAUCAAUAUUAGUUUAGUUUUAUAGUUUAAUAUCAUAUUACUUGAUAAUAAUUUUGUUAAUAUGAUGUCCAAACAAUAUAUUUCAAUCUCUUAUAAAAGAAGCAAAUGAUUUUGUAACCUUAAAAAAUAAACAAACUUUAAGAUAAAAUUAGAUUUUGUUCAAAAUUUGCAAGUACAAGUCUAUCCUUUGCUGUAUGAAUACGGCUCAAUGUUUCCCUAAUUGUAACCUGUCAACUUGAUUAUGCCAGUUUGACAGCAGAUUUUUAUAUUUUCGAAAUGUAUGCAAACAGAUGAGAAAUAAGUAAUGUUUAGUAUAGCUGUUUCUUUAUUUAUCGUUCUUGAAUAUAUCAAUAAUGAUGAUAAUGUUGGAAAGCGGCUUUUAAUGUUUAAAGAAGGAACACAUUUGCACCUUACUCUACUUGAAUGGACCAGUCCUGACCAAAAUAGCUGCAUUCAUUAACAUUGCGUGCAAGGUAUAUUAGAGUAUUUGUAUCUCAAAAUUAGACGACACGUGAAAAGAUCCGAAUAAUAGCAAAAAAGUUAUGGCCGAAAACCUAGGCGAAAUGCAGCACUUGGCACUUGUAGGUAAUGCGACGAUAAUUUCACGCAGAUACUUGGAAUUGUUCAAAUCCCAUCCAUUAACUGGCAGUGCGGAGGUACAGAAACUCUCAACAGAAGUAGACGAUAUAAUCAGCAAAAUAAAGGCUACAUCUGUUGACGUAUAUUGCUUGAGGCAAGAUGCAGAGAAAUUCAAAAAGGAGCUUACAUCUAUAAUUGUAGCCUGUAGACAUGAAAGCGGGGUUCGUCCGAGACAUAAUCCCAGGAAAACCAUUUUACUUGAUGAUACGCCAAGUACUAGUAUUCCUGUUGAGAGAACUUCGAAAAGGCCACGAAGAGCUGAAGUAGUCGAGAUUGACUUGGAAGAUUCGGAAAGUCCUAGUAGCUCCGAAGAUACACCUUUGAAAAGAGCAAAAAGGUCUCAAGCAUCCGAGAUUGAUUUAGACAGCAGUAACUUUAAAAUUGUUGAAGGUUAUGUAAUGGUCUAUACAAGUGGUGUAUGCAACGAAGGCGAUAAAUCUAACGCCAAAGCUGGCUUUGGUGUUUGGUUUGAUAGGGGUACCAUGAACAUAUCUCAUCCUGUGAUAGGCCGACCUUCAAAAAUUAUAGCUGACAUUCAAGCUUUGGUAGUGGCGCUGCUGACCCUCAAAAAGCACAAAGUAAAAAUGGCAAUGCUUCAUACGAGCUUAGCAACUACUAGUAUGAAAUCACGGAUAAAUUAUUGGAAACAAAAUUGGAAGACACUAUCCAAUAGGGAUGACGCCAAUAAAGACUUGAUAGCUAAAUUGGAGGCAUGUUUAGAAGAGUUUGAUGAUAUACAAUGGAUUCAUGUCAAGGAAAGUGAGGCGGAUAUAUUGGCUGAAGAUGGCGCAGCAUUUUAUGAGGAAGGGAAAACUGGUUCGCUAUGUAAUAUAUCAGGCAUGUAUAGUUGGGAAGACAAAAUAAACUUUAUGCUACGAACGGAAGAAUCUAAACUGAAAAAAUCAAAAUCGAAAGCUGCUUCAUCAGUUGGACUAUCAAACUUCCUCUGUAAGCCUGUCGACAAACCAUCCAAUAUAUCAGAACGAGUAUCAGAUGAAACUGAUUCGGAAGAUGUAAACUUCCAGAAAGAUGGUGAUUAUGUAGUUGUUUAUACGGACGGAGCAUGUGAAAAUAAUGGUAGGGCAAAUGCGAAGGCUGGCAUUGGAGUUUGGUUUGGUGAUAGCCAUCCCUUAAAUAUAUCUGAACCUGUCGUGGGCAGGCCCACAAACAAUACUGCCGAAAUUCGAGCCUGCUUAGCUGCCUUGGAAGUACUGCAUCGUUAUAGAAUUAAGAAAGUUAGCCUGCAUACAGAUUCUAUGUUCAUAAUAAACUCCAUGACAUUAUGGAUCCAUAAUUGGAAAGCAAAUGGAUGGAAGACCUCAAAAGGGGAUGCUGUUAAGAAUAAAACAGACUUUAUGAAGCUAGAUGAAAUUAUAAAACGCUUCGAUGAUCUAAGAUGGGUUCACGUGAAAGGACACCACGGGGUACGGGGAAAUGAAGAAGCUGACAAACUUGCAAGGAAUGGAGCAGCACGGUAUAAGCCAUAAUAGUUAUAUAAAAGAAGUGAAAAUACAUUUUGUUUACCGUAUA